AUGGUAGUCGACUCUGCACGAGUGUCGCCUGGUGUGCCCGUGCCAAAGACGACCGUAGUGGCGUCGGUAUCUCUGCCUGCCGUCGCUCUGCCUCCUGCGGCCGUCUUGGCGCCUCCUCUUGCGAUGGUCGCCGCGUCUCCUCCCGUGCCUCCCGCUAUGGCGUUGCCUUCGUCUGCUGCUGUGCCGGCCAUCGUGGAGGCGGUUGCAAAGGCACCUGCCCCAGCUGAGGCGCCUCCUCAUGCAUCUGCUGCCGGCCCGCACCCUGUAGCUUGGGUGGCAGAAUUGAUGGCGCUCGUGGCUGCAUCGCCUGGUGCGUCUGGCGAGAAGCCGGCCCCUCCACCUGCUGCAUCGCCUUUCUCGGAUGUCGCUGCCGUCCCGUCGGCCGGGGCUGCGCCUCUAUUGCCUCAGAACGAUCAGCGGAUUCCCGAUCCUCAGCGCCGACCUCCCUCUCUUGGGCGCCGUCCGUCCCGUCCACACUCGCCCUCGCCUCGUGGAGGUCCGCCGUUGACCCCGGCUGGCACUCGGCAAAUCGUGACGGCGGCGAUGCACGAAGAGCGGGCCGAGGCAGCGAGUCACAGCAGUUUGCAGCGGGCGUUGCAGUCGCUGGUGAUAGCUACUCCUGUUGCGUAUCCGGUGGCUGCUCCGUCGACAGCGGCACCUGUUCCGGCUCCCUUGGCCCCUGCUCGUGGUGGUGGGCUUUCGUCUACUACUGGUGAUCCCCUCCCGUCCCUUGCAGAUGCUCUUCUUCCCCCGCAGAUUCGUGUUCCCGAGGCAACACUUGGUCAUCUGUGGUGGCUCGCUGAGAGCCUCCGCGCGCUUCUACUAGUCCAGGCUCUGGCACACGCUUCCCUCCCAUCCUUUCCUGCCGGGUCUCUGAUGGAUGGUCCGCGUGAUGAUUGUCUUGACGCUGCUGACCAGCUUGCCUCCCUCCUGGCGCCUGUGCUGGCCGCGCCCGUGCGGGGAGGCGUUGGGGCCGUGGGGCAACUCGAUGCUGCUGUUCGGGGCUUGAGGAGGUGCCUGCGUGCAGGCUCUGGAGCCGACGCGAUCGGCGCAAGUACACUGGUCGUUCGGGAGGUGUGGCGGUCCUUGACGGGCAUACUUCUUGCCUUGCAGGCGGAUCGCAUGUAG